AAGAGCAUCCACACCAAACAACCGCGCCACCAAAUAGUAAAGGAACUUUGCAUAAGGUCUUUGAUUCCGAGAAUCUUUCAAGCGGAAAACAUAUCGAUCAUCGACGUCCUUUUUUUUUUUCUGUCAGCGAUCGUAACCUGAGCGACCCGCCCUCCUAUUCUCACCCCGCCCUCCGAAUCCUCCCCUACCACCACCCAGCUCUUCAGCAAGUCGCGAUCGCGCGCAAAACCGCCACCAUGUCCGAACCAAACUACAGCCAUUAUAGAUACUAUGAGAACAAGUAUCCCGAAAUCGAUGAGUUUGUUAUGGUCAAUGUCAAGCAGAUUGCCGAGAUGGGUGCUUAUGUUAAGCUUCUCGAGUACGAUAACAUUGACGGCAUGAUCUUGCUUUCAGAGCUCUCCCGACGUAGAAUCAGGAGUAUUCAGAAGCUUAUCCGAGUGGGACGCAACGAGGUUGUGGUCGUUCUUCGUGUGGACAAGGAGAAGGGCUACAUCGAUCUCAGCAAGCGGCGAGUCUCCCCCGAGGAUAUUGUCAAAUGCGAGGAGCGAUACAACAAGGGCAAGAUUGUCCAUUCCAUCAUGCGCCACGUCGCAGAGAAAACCCUUACCCCCAUCGACCAGCUGUACGAGACCAUAGCAUGGCCGCUCAACAAGAAGUUCGGCCAUGCCAUUGAUGCUUUCAAGCUAUCCAUCACCAACCCCGACGUAUGGCAGGACGUUACCUUUCCGAAUAACGCCGUCGCGGAAGAGCUGAAGUCGUACAUUGGAAAGCGCUUGACUCCGCAGCCCACAAAGGUUCGCGCCGACGUCGAAGUGACCUGCUUCGGAUACGAAGGGAUCGAUGCCAUCAAGACUGCCCUACGAACCGCCGAGGCAAGAAACACCGAGGAAACCCAAGUGAAGGUCAGGCUCGUUUCGCCGCCUCUCUAUGUCCUCACUAGCACCUGUUUGGACAAGAGCCACGGCAUUACCCGCCUGGAGGAGGCGAUCGUGGACAUUCGAACGAGCAUCGAGCAGGCUGGCGGCCAACUCGUCGUCAAGAUGGAGCCCAAGGCGGUGACGGAGAGCGAUGAUGCUGAGCUACAAGCUCUGAUGGAGAAGAGGGAACGUGAGAAUGCCGAAGUUAGCGGCGAUGAGAGCGUCAGUGGAAGCGACGACGAGAUUCCGGAUACUAUUUAAAGAUCUGGCUUAGACGGGAAGGACGGCUUCUCAACGUAGCCUGCGAGGGUUUCUGAAGCUGGAGUUGUGAUAAUCGCUGCACUGCGAGGGGUCAGUACUCGGACCGGGAGGGUUGAUGCUCGGUAGAUGGGAUUGUCGGGCACUUGCGGCGGACGAUUCGCAUUCCGGUGACUGACGCAUCAGUGCGUCGAAGGAACAAAG